CUAUCCCGCCCUCCUUCGCGAACGAACAUCAAGAUGUCGCACUCAUGGCUCAUGAAGAAGAAGAAGCAGGAUCUCGUCGAUCUUUCCAAAGAGGCUGGACUGACACUGGAUUCCGCGCUCCUCAAAGACGAAAUCGUGGAAAGUCUCGAUGAGUUUCUCCAGACAAACGCGACACGCUUGUCCAAGAAUGCGACGUUCGAGGGAUACUACGGUACAGGACGUCGUAGCACACCGUUCAAGAUCCGCGACAGCAGUGCCGCGCCGAAUGCGACCAGUGGUGAAGAGGAGGGCGUCAAGAGUGUGGUCAAGGCGCGUGGACGAAGAGCUACCAAGAUCAAGCAGGAGCCCGAAGACGACGAUGCUUUCCCCUCCCCCAUCUCCGCUGCCAAAGACGCCGUAUCAGCCGUCUCCUCCGCUCUCAGCCCAGUAGUCGACUCAGCCCUCUCUCCCUUCUCCCACAACAACGCCGCAAGCUCAACCCGCACACCCGCCGUUCGCCGCAGCACCCGCGACCGCAGACCCGAAAUCCCCGCCUCACCCGCCGAUGUCGCCGACAUCGUCGAAUACGAAUCCAACCAAGUCGCCCAAUUCGUCGAGCGUCUCUACGAGAAUGCCGGCAUCUCCGACUGGAUCGAGUACUCUCGCGAUGCCCUCUCCUCCGUGCCAGCAGUACAUCUCACCUUCCUCGUCCUCGAAGCGUUGGCUAUCGUCCGCGCGAUUCUGCCGUUUCGCUUCGCUUUUGAUAUCCCCGCCAUCAGCGCGCUGCAUAUUUCCAGCCAUUCCGUCUUCCUUCCAGAUCUGUUUAUCCUGCUGACGGGAUACUGGUGGAGUACUACCCUUCUCUGGGCCACGACAUCCAUCCUUAUCCCUGCGCUGUUCGGCUACUUUUUCAACCUCACGCACCGGAACACGAGUGGGCGAGGCAGGCCGAGUAAGACGGGAUAUGUCGUCGAUCCGCUGACGUUUGCGGUUGUCAAGGCUGUUGCUACAUGGCUUGUCUACAGCCAAGGUGUCAACUUUGGGCUUGUUAGCGACACUGUCGCGGAACGGGUGGAUGGUGCAAUUUUCGGAGGAUACAGGGCGGUGAUUAUCGGUGCGGGGAUUGGAGGGUUGGCGAGUUUGUACGAGGCUGUGCUGCGGAAGUAG